UACGUAUUAUGGAAUCAAAGAUAUUAAAGCAGAAAGGAGGCUCAUGUUGUGCUAUUGCUACUUGCAUAAAUAACUACAGUAAAUCAAAAAAUGAUGGAAAAUCCAACAUAUCAUUUCACAGAUUUCCAAAAGAUCUAAACUAUCGGAAAGAAUGGGUUCAGAAAUGCAAACGAGGUGACCAUUUUAAUCCAGAUACAUCAUUUAUUUGCUCUGAUCACUUUAAUGUUGAUGCAUUUGUUCGAGACUUAAAAGCAGAACUUUUAAGUAGUAUUUCUAAAAAUAAAACUUUGAUAUAAUAUAUUUUAUUCUUUGUUGUAUUUUUAGGAUAUAAAUCUAAGAGUCGAAGACUUAAAGAGGAUGCAAUUCCUACGUUGAAUUUACCAACUGACUUAGUUGAAUCUGCAUCAAUCAUUAGUCGUAGAAGAAGGAUGGAAAGAAAAUCAAUAAAAGAGGAUCACAACAAGAUAAUCAAUUCAGCUCUUAGUACAUCCAGUACAUCCAAAGUACUGUCUAUACCAGAUGAUGAUCUUACACAAGUUAACAUUGAACUAGAUUAUGAGAAGUUUUAUAUCAAUCUACUUAAAGAAUAUGACAUAUUAAAAACUGAUUACAGUGUACUGGAAAAAGAAAUUGCGUCAAUUAAAAAAUCUGAUAUUGACAAUAAAAAAAUUAAUGAAUCACUUCGUUUGAGUAUAAAGGUUCUAACUAAAAAUUUGAAAGAAACUAACUUGCUUUUAAAACAAACGCAGAAAACUACAACCAAACAAAUCAAAUUGCUCUCUUUAAAUAAAAGUCAAACCAUUGAAAAUCAAGCCAAGAAAUAUUUGUCAUCUAUAUUUUCUGCAAACCAGUUGAAUUUAAUAAUGCAAAAAAAGAAAAGGGUCCAUUGGACAAGAGCUGAAAUUUCAAAAGCCUUCACUCUUAGGUAUUUCAGUAAAAGAGCAUAUGUCUAUGUCAAAAAUGAACUGCAUUAUACUCUACCUGGUAAAUAAUUUUUUAUUUUAUACUCAUUGAACCAUUAUACUUAGUUAAAAAAUGUUUGUAUUAAUUUUAAAUUGAUUUUAGGACUUUCUUCUCUUCAGAGGUGGGCCAAAAGCAUAGAAAUGAGGAAUGGUGUUCUUCAUGAUGUACUAAAUCUAAUGAAACUCAAUGGUGAAGUAUUGAAUAAUUCUGAAAAGCUUACAGUAUUAAUGUUUGAUGAAGUUAAAGUGUCUAGUGUCAAGG